ACUCUUCAGAUAAAAUUAACCUGCUUUGAAGAGGAGCUCAAAAAGUUACAGGUUUCUGUUUCAUGGAUACAUGGAAUACUUAAAGACCACUUAGGAUCACAUAUGAAUACAGAGGGCAAAAGAAGCUUUGUGUGUGUAUGGCAAACAAGUGCAGAUGUUAAGGCAGAAAGUCUUGAAAAGGUGAAACCUGAAUUGCUGGCAAAUGACCUAAAGAAGGGAUGGCUUCAAGUUUCUAUAGACAAGCUCAAAACCAAUAAUUCCAAAGAAUCCAGACAAAAUAUACUGGGAUGGCUUCAGGAAUCUCUGAAAAGACUGAAAGAGGAUUCUUCUAGAGCAUCAAGACACACCCUGGCACAAUGGCUUAAAGAAUCUGUGAUAAAUCUUCAGAAGGAAGGUCCUGAAGCAUCCAGGCAAGAUGUGAAUGAGUGGCUGGAUGUAUCCAUAAAUCAUCUCCAAGAGAAAGGGCCAGAAACAUCCCCUCUAAAUGUGCAGGAAUGGCUUGAAGCAUCUAUUAAAAGCAUUCAGGAUCUACAGAAGUCUGAGGCAGAGUUUCGAGAUAGCCUAAGAAAUGGAUGGCUUGAAGAAUCAAUAGAUAACUAUAGCCUAAGAAAUGGAUGGCUUGAAGAAUCAAUAGAUAACCUCAAGAAGCAAUAUUCUGAAGGACCUUUGGAGAAUACAUUACAGUGGCUUCAAGGUUCCCUAGAAAGCCUCUUAGCUUCUGGAGCACCCAGACCAGUUCUGGAAAAAUGGCUUAAAGAUACCUUUAAAAACCUUGAGGAGGGAAGUCCUGAAGCAUCCAAACAAGAUGCAAAAAAAUGGCUUGAAAUAUCUAUUAAUAACCUUGUAAAAGAAGAACCUGAAGCACCCCAUCUAGAUACUCAGAGAUGGCUUGAAACAUCUAUUAAAGGCAUCCAAGCUUUCAGAGAACAAUACUCUAAAGCAUCAAAAGCAAACAUGGAAAAGAGCAAGGAGAGAGUGAUUUUUGUAGAACCUGCUUCCUCUGAAAGUUGCUUAAGAAAUGAAUGGCUUCAAGCAUCUGUAGCAAAUCUCCAAAAGCAUGGUUCUAAAGCAUCCAGAAUGAAUGUGCAACAGUGGCUACAAGGGUCUCUGAAAAAUCUCAGACAAGGAUCCCCUAAAGAACCCAGAAAGAACCUUGAGGAAUGGCUUAAAGAAUCCAUAAAAAAACUUCAGAAGGAAGGACCUGAAGCAUCCAGGCAAGAUGUGAAUGAGUGGCUGGAU